GAUGGAGUAAAGUUGCAGUGCAAAGAUUUCAGACAAAAAACCCUUGAUAAAAUCACUAAAAUAAAAGUAAAAAUUAGUGUAAACCGUUGUAGAAACUGUAAGUAGCACGCAGCAACUGAAGAUCCCGCAGGAAAAGUGUUAGUUGUGUCCGUUUCGCAGCUCUAUUGUUCGUCGACCACUUUUUCCCCAUUCUUCUUUUUUCAUCUAUCGUCUCUUUCAACUUUUUUUUCUUGCUUUUCGUUCAAUCACAAAGUAUAUUCGUGGUUAUUUUUAGACACGGCUACUUCGAAAACGGACAAAAUUGCACCCGAAAAAUUCGCAGCAGCGUUUCGCGGCGCCCGAAACGCGGAAAAAGUCGCCAAAUUCGACGGGAAAUCGCAGCAAAAAAGCCUUUUCCCCAAAAUGGUUUUAUUAAUGAAAUUUUUUUCUCGGUGUGUAUGCGACGUACGGCGGAGCUGUGAUGAGCAAUUUUCUCUGAUUUUUCGCGGAAGCCCAUAACUUAGGAUAAAUAUUGACAAAUUUAGUGUUGGCGUAGGACUUUAUGAAAUAAAUUCAGUGCUUUAACAAGACAAUUUAUGAAAAACUAACAUUGAACAUUCAAAAAAAGUGAAAAAAAUUGAAAAAAAAAUUAAGAAAAAUUAUUUAAAAAAAAAUUUUGGAGGAAAAAAGUCGAAAUUAAGUGAAAGCACGUGAAAGAAGCAUCAAACGUGGACUCUUUAUGUUCUUUAUUGACGUGAGUACUGGCAUGGCUACACUGAAAAGCAGUGGAGCCUCUGCAAUAGUACCACAAGGAACGACGAAACUCAUCUUGCCGCACGAAAUGUUGACGGCCAAUGGAACGGCACAGAGUGUAAUCGGUGCAAGCGCCUCGCCCCUUUCCAGUGGACAUUCCACGACGACGACCCUCCUUCUCUCGAACAAUCAUCAUUUUUAUCACGCCGCCGCCGCCGUGCCCGUGACAACCUCAACUUUUCACAACUCCUCCAGCCUGUUCAACACAAACAGCAACAGCUCGAGCACGAACCACAGCAAUAACAGUCAUGAUCUGUCGUCAUCGUCGUCGCCGCAUCAUCAUCUCAUUCAUCGCAUCAGCCAGCCAACUGCCGUGGCGCCGUCGUCGUCGUCCCAAAAUCCCUCAAUUUUUGUGACAAACCAAAAUUACGCCUUGCUAGUUGGCGGCAAUUCCGUUGCAGCGAGCAAUAUUAGUGCCACAAAUGCGACAACGGCAUCGCCGGCGAGCACGACGACUUCAACUUCAACGAUGAACAAAUUGCAAAAUAGCACUGCCGACGACACAACAACAACAACGACACAGCCUGCCAACGAAACAACAACAACCGACGAGACAAUUGUCGAAGAGACGACGGAAGAGAAUCCCGUUGAGCCUUCGGCUGAGCCCGUGGAAGAAGAUCCUGAAAUUGAUAUCGUGAUUAAUAACGUGGUUUGCUCGUUUAGCGUUCGGUGUCAUCUGAAUUUGCGCAAUAUCGCACUGAAUGGGCACAAUGUCGAGUUUCGACGAGAAAAUGGCAUGGUAACCAUGAAAUUAAGAAAACCCUACACAACUGCAUCGAUAUGGUCCUCCGGCAAAAUUACAUGUACAGGAGCAACGUCCGAAGAUAAUGCCAAAGUUGCUGCCCGUCGCUACGCACGCAUGCUCCAAAAAUUAGGUUUCCGCGUUAGAUUUAACAAUUUCCGUGUCGUCAAUGUAUUAGGCACGUGCAGCAUGCCAUGGGCCAUCAAAAUUACGCACUUUUCGGAGAAAUACCGAAAGGAGGCCAGUUACGAGCCGGAAUUGCAUCCGGGCGUCACUUACAAACUCAAAGAACCGAAAGCAACACUAAAGAUUUUCUCGACUGGCAGUAUCACAGUGACGGCUGCCAGCGUUUCCUUUGUACAACAAGCAAUCGAACAUAUUUACCCGUUAGUUUAUGAAUUUCGUAAGAAACGUACGCCAGACGAGGAGAAAACCGUAAAAGCCCACCUACUGAAUCCCGAUCCGACAUUCGAUCCCAACGACUUGAUCGAGGUAGAUGCGGACUUUGAGGAGGACGGGGUCGACGACAAUUUGGAAUCCACGUCAAUGCAGCCACCAAAGAAACGACGUCGUCGUCCCGCAGGCAAGGCGCUAAAUGAUCCGGACGAAGACAUCAUGCAAGUUUCCGAUGUCGAGAGGGAUUUAGACGAUAGUGAUGAUGAUCUGUGAAUAAAUUAGUAAACUUUAAUGAAAGAAAAAAAAAUACUUCCUUGCAAUAAAUAUUGAUAGUAGACAAAAAAGAAUAAAUGAAACGGAGAUAAAUACUAAAAGUAAUAAAAAAAAGAAAGAUUUAACGAGAAAAAUCCCAAAACGUAUGAAAAAACCAAAACAGACGUCACUAAAUAAUCGAUAUUAUUUGUUACGUUUAUCAGCUAUACUUUUAAGAAUAUUCUCAGCCAAUAUGUUCCAAUGCAGAUAAAAUUAUUUGUUAGUGAAAACAACGUUUAUUUUUAGACGCUAAGUUAAUAUAAAUAAUAAUAACUAUAAAUAUUAAUAAUAAUAACAAGAUAAUUUUAAUAGUGAUAUAUAUAAAAAAAAAGUAAAGCAGAAAACAUGCAACAUUGACUGAUUAAAUACUUCAAAAACAAAAAACCGUUUCCUUCGACAAGUAUUUCAGUUUUACGUUUUAUUUUUUGUAAAAAUAGGAAAAAGUACAUUGGAGAGGGAUCAAAAAAACAAAAUAACUAAAAAAAUGUAUGUAAGCAAAAAUUACCAACUUUAUACCUACAAAAGUAAUAAAUCAAACUAUAAGCUAGAGAAAUACGACCACCGGUUUCCUCAAUAUUAUAUAAAUAAUAAAUAUUACAAUAUAUUAAUUUAGUUUAAUUUAUUUAAAAAAAAAACAUUUUUUUUUCAUUUAAUGUUUUAUAAAAUAGUAGAAUAUUGAAAUUCAUCAAUUAUAGUUAGGAAGAAAUCUCAAAAAACUUUUUUUUCGUCACUCCUUUACUCCUUCUUCGAUUUUUUUGAGUCAAUUAAUAAUUAAUUAAAUUAAAACUUUAAACGUAUCAACAAAAAUAAACAUAAUCAAAUUAUUUAAAAACAAAAAAUAUCAAAUUAUUUUCCCAGUUUCGAACGGAAAAUGUCCAAUGAGAUACAUGUUGAGCAUUCUAUGAAUGCGAUCAUUUCCAGCACAAUACUCAACUAAUGUUACGUAAAAUUAUCUCAACUUUUUCCCUUCUUUAUCAUCAUAUUUUGAUUCAAUUCUAGGAAAAAAGCUGAAAAAAUCAAACAAAUCAAAGAGUGCAUAUUUAUUAGUUUUAAUAAAAAAAUAGAAACAACAUAUGAAAGAAAAAAAAAAUCAAAAAUUUGGUUAAUUAUAUCAGAAA